AUUGAAUUUACUUUUUUGUGCCUUUAUUGUUUUAAUGCAGAAGUGCACUUCUGUGUCUCAGAAUAGUGGCCUAACACAUGCAGUCUAGAUUCAUGUUGUUUUGUGUCAGAUGUGUGUUUUCUCAGGACCUAAUUUCAACCACACCUGUCAGUAUUGACUACAAUGGCAUCAAACCAAAAAGAAAAUGUUCUUCAAGACCAAACCAAAAUUAAUGAUCAGCCCACAGAGUCGUGCUCUUCACUCUGUGUUGAAGAAACUCCGAAAGAGGAGAUCCAAACUUUGAAGUCUUCACUGCAAGAGAGCUUAAGAAAGCGAUAUGAAGACACUCUAAAGGCUCCAGACGACAUUCCUCUGAAGAUGUAUGUGUCAAAACGGACACAUUUGGAUGGCCAGAUUGUCCAUGAGAUGCGUGAGCUGGAAAGACCCCACAAUGAGGACAUUACAGAUGAAAAUGCCAUUAAUUAUGAUGAUCUCCUGAAGCCUCAUUCUUCUACAGACGGGCGUAUCCGCAGCAUUAUGAUGAGGGGAAUAUCUGGAUCUGGCAAGUCAACAGCCGUGAGGACAUUUAUAUUAGAUUGGGCACGUGGCAAAACACACCAGCACAUUGAUUUUGUGUUUCCUCUUCACCUGUGUGAGCUGAACAUACUGCAUGACAAGAAACUCAGCCUGAUGCAUCUCUUAGAUUUGCUCUUUCUAAAGUUACUGAAGCCAGAGCCCCUCGAACGAUCUCAGAUCCUCUUUAUAUGGGAUGGACUUGGUGAAUUUAGAUUUCCUCUUGAUUUUAAGCACACCAAGACAUGCACCGAUCCAAUGACACCGGUUUCUGUAGGCUGCAUGCUGGUGAAUCUUCUCAAAGGGAACCUUCUUCCCUCUGCCCAGAUCUUGGUCACUUCAAGGCUAAAAGAUGCAGGUCUAAUUCCUCCAGAACAUAUACAGAGGGUGGUUGAACUUCAUGGGCUUGAUGACUUACAGUGGGAAGAACAGAUCAGAAGUGAAGUGCGUGAUCAAAACGUUGCCGCAAGAGCGACUGUUCACGUGAAAUCAUCCAGAACCCUGUACAUCAUGCGCUCCUUGCCAUUCUUCUGUCAGGUGGCUUCCACUGUUUUGGAAGAGCUUUUUAGGAACAGUUGCAACACAGAUCCUCCUCUCACCCUGACAGAGAUGUUCACACAUUUUCUCCUGAUUCAAAUGAAGAGACAAGUGGAAAAGUCCACUAAAUCAAGCACUGAGGAGAUCCUGAAGUUGGGUAAGUUGGCUUGGCACAUGCUGGAAAAGGACACGUUGACCUUUAUGGAGAAGGACCAGAGAGAAACCAAUACUGAUCCUCUUCUUCCUGUCAAACUCUCUGAAGAUUGGCCCAUGUUUUUCAGAAAACAGAACCUGAUGGGUUUGGGGAAAAUGUACCGCUUCACGCAUCCCAGCGUCCAAGAGUUCCUGGCAGCAUUGUAUGUUGCUGUGCAUUAUGAACCCAGCAAGGGAAAUGUAAUGUCUUUUACACUUGCAGAAAAAGCUAAAACGUUGCUCAGUCCUACAACUGAAAUGCACAGAAGAGCAGUAGAUAGAGCUUUAAGGAGUAAAACUGGCCAACUAGACAUCUUUCUCCUCUUUCUCUUGGGCAUCUCUGCAGGUCCAAGCCACAGGCUCCUGUCCUGCUUUUUUCAAAAUACAUCUCUUCGUGUAAGGACAGAGGAUGUAGUCAAAAACAUUUUACAGAAAAUCAAGGCAAAGCCAUUAUUUGAGAUCUCAGUUAAUCUCUCUCACUGUUUGGAGGAGCUUGACGUAGCCCUGCCUGUGGUUCACAAUCGAGGCCGGGUUGAAUUUCAAAUGGAUGAGGAUGUGCACGUCACUCCUUCAGAGUGGUCACAUAUAGCCACUACUCUGCUGACCUCUGAGGAUUCAUCACUGAUAUUUGAUGUCAGGAAAUACGCUAAUGCAGAUGAAGCCAUUAUGAGACUGCUGCCCAUCAUCAAGAUCUCCAGAGUCCUCAGACUGGAUGAGGCCACAGAUCUGAGCUGGGCACUGAUCGCCUCAGCUCUGAGAUCACCAGCCAAUCGUAUCAGAGAGAUCGACAUCGAGAAGAAUGCCCUCAGUUAUAUAAACUUGAGCCUGUUAUCCGUUGGUAUGAGAAGCCCUAAUUGCAAAGUAGAGAUACUCGGGGCACCAUAUUUUGGUUAUCAAAAGGAUGGUGAUCAUCUGCUCUCAGGGAUUUUAUUGAACCCAACACAUUUGAGAGAGCUGAAGCUGCUGAAUUUAUUCAAAAUGAGUGACAGGACAGUGGAGAUCAUCUCUCAAAUCUUAAUGGACCCGGAUUGUCGUCUUGAAAAUCUCACUUUACAAGGAAUAGAAACCUUAGAGAGUUGUAAGAUCUUGGCCGCAGCUCUCUGUAGCAGUUCUUGUCGUCUGCAAGAGCUGGACUUGAGCAGAUGCUGUCGGAGCUCUGAAGAUCAGGCUUUACAGCUUCUGUCGGAGGCAUUCAGACACCCAAACUUCAAAAUAACAGUUCUGAGGUUGGAAAUCUAUUCUAUAAAGCAUGAAAUGGCAGCAGCAUUAUUCUCUGCUUUUCAAGAGAACCCUUCACACCUGAGAAAACUUGAACUAAGUUUCUUUUUACCGUUGACUCUUGAACUUCAGCAACUUUUCUCUCUGCUGGCGGAUCCUUGCUUCAAACUAGAGACAUUGCGGAUAGCUCACCUACGAUUACACACACCUGAUGAUAAUCGGCUCUCCUCUGACCCUUCGCUCUUUUGCGUUGCUCUUGGUAGAUUGAGUUGUUCAUUAUGGAAAUGUGCCGGCUGUCCCUUCGUUCAAUUACAGGCUGAUUCUCUUGAAACUCUGGCUUCAGUUCUUGGAUCUUGCAGCCUCAGAUCUCUGGAUCUCAGUAUGUGUGGCCUGACAGAUUCUUCUGUGGAGCUGCUCUCUGCUGGACUGAGUAACCCUGACUGUAAACUGGAGAUACUCAGGAUGACACACUGCAGCAUCACAGAAGCAGGAGCUGCUUGUUUGGCGAGGGCUCUCUCUUCCAACCCAUCACACAUGCGGGAAAUAGACUUGAGCAUCAAUCCUGUUAAAGGCCCAGGAUUUGACCAGCUCAGAUCUGUUUUGGAAGAUCCAGCAACCCGUUUAGAGAAAUUAACUGUUGAUGGCCUAGAGGAGCAACAUGACAUGGAAACUCUACAACAAUAUGCGUGCAGGCUGACUUGGGAUCCAAACACCGCUUCUUCAAGUGUGCAGGUGUCAGAGGAAGAUGAGGCUCUUGUGGAGCAUCGCAGAAACCCAGAACCUGUUCCACAUCAUCCAGAAAGGUUCAAAGAUCAAGACCAAAUCAUGAGUCUGGAAGGUCUUAGCAGCCGUCAUUUCUUCCGGCUGGAGUGGUUUGGCAGGUGGGCCACUAUUGGAAUGGCCUAUAAAGACAUAAGCAGGAAGGGAAGUUCAGCAGCCUGUAGCAUUGGACUUAAUAAUAAAUCCUGGGGCAUUUUGGUGAGCACUCCCUCUUCUCUUUUUAAAGCUCUUCAUGGAGGAGUAGAGACGCAGCUUCCUAACUGCUCACCCUGGAGAGUCGGAGUCUAUCUGGACUGGGCGGCAGGAACUCUGUCCUUUUACGACACCACACAAGACAAGGCUAAACUCAUCCACACCUUCCAUGCUAAGUUCACUCAGCCUCUCUUUCUGCUGGUCAGUAUUAGUGCUGGAAUUAAGAUCUUACCAGACGUGCCUCCUCCUGUCUGUGUCCAUGACCACGAUCCCUGGGAUAUGUUCAGGGGCUACAAGGACUGUAAGGGAUGUAACGGAUCAAAGGCUUGCUAGAUAAACCGAUGUGCUCUCCUUUUGUGGAACAUCUGAUGAUAGUGUUUGUAUCCAUGAUAAUUUGGAUUUCAAGGACAUAUUAGAAAAGGAUUCAUUAAAUGUACUUUGACAGAGAGAGAGAGCAGUCGAUCCGCUAGAGGGAGACAUUCUCUUAUAAAACCUGAUCUUAAAGAAAAUGAACAUUCUGUCAUCAUUUACUCACCCUCAUGUCAUUCCAGACCUGUAUG